AUGUCUGGUUCAGAGCAAGGAGAGGAGGUGCAUUCCAAGUCCCUGAGAGGGUUCAUCACCCAUCCCUCAGCCCUGAGAGGGUUCAUCACCCAUCCCUCAGCCCUGAGAGGGUUCAUCACCGAUCCUUCAGCCCUGAGAGGGUUCACUGUCCAUCCCUCAGCCCUGAGAGGGUUCAUCGUCCAUCCCUCAGCCCUGAGAGGGUUCACUGUCCAUCCCUCAGCCCUGAGAGGGUUCAUCACCGAUCCUUCAGCCCUGAGAGGGUUCAUUGUCCAUCCCUCAGCCCUGAGAGGGUUCAUUGUCCAUCCCUCAGCCCUGAGAGGGUUCACUGUCCAUCCCUCAGCCCUGAGAGGGUUCACUGUCCAUCCCUCAGCCCUGAGAGGGUUCACUGUCCAUCCCUCAGCCCUGAGAGGGUUCAUCACCGAUCCUUCAGCCCUGAGAGGGCUCAAGCAGUGCCUGAAGCCUAAAAACCUCGUAUUGGAGCACUGUCAGUCCCCACAAGUACCCAGUAUUCAGUACCGAGUACUCAGGAUGGAGUAUUCAGAAAUGCUUUUCAGUGAGGCUUCUGCAGCGCUCAGAGGGUUCUGGAACCUCCGGAACCUCUGGAACCUCUGGAACCUCUGGAACCUCUGGAACAUCCGGAACCUCUAG